UAUGUCAAAAAAAAUUGUAACACAGUUGCGUUAUUUUUUUCUCAACAUUAAAAAUCAACAAAGCAGCAAAAUUACGUGCCCAUGGUAUAAUAUAAGAUUUAUCUUAGUUGCUCUUAUUUUAUUAAAUAUGGCUUGGAGGAGUCACGGAAUAAACAAUGCAGAUAUGGUUCGGAACCUUAGAGCAAACGGAAUUAUAAAAUCUGAUAUAGUUGCGAAUGCUAUGGUUGCUGUAGACCGGAAGAACUAUUGUCCGCAUGCUCCUUACCAUGAUUCACCACAGUCCAUUGGAUACUCGGCUACCAUCAGUGCACCACAUAUGCACGCACAUGCAUUGGAAAGAUUAAGAAAACAACUUAUACCUGGUGAAAAAGCAUUGGAUGUCGGUUCAGGAUCUGGUUAUCUGACUGCUUGCAUGGCCUUCAUGGUCGGAGAAGCAGGAAAAGUUAUUGGCAUUGAACAUAUUCCUGAAUUAGUUACGAUGGCAACUAAAAAUAUUGAACGUGAUAGCCCUCAGUUACUCUCAUCAGAAAGGGUGAAACUUAUUGUUGGUGAUGGUCGUUUGGGCUAUCCUGAUGAAGCCCCCUAUAACGCUAUACAUGUUGGAGCUGCUGCUCCUACUCUUCCACAAGCAUUAGUUGAGCAAUUGAAACCCGGUGGUCGCCUGGUGGUGCCUGUUGGUCCUGAAGGAGGUGAACAGCAUCUUACUCAAGUGGACAAAGCUCUCGAUGGCACCACAACUGUAAAAAAGCUCAUGAGCGUCAUUUACGUGCCCCUUAUCGAUAAGAAUCAUCAACUCCGUCCUUGGCGCUAGGUUGCCUUGCAUGUUAUAAAUAAGACUCCAAAUAAAGUUGAUGGAUUUUUUAUUUUAUAUUAUAAAUAAUUAAAUUAAAUUGACAUAAUUAUAUUUAUUAAUUGCGAUAACACUUAUUUCAUUCUAAAAUUAUUACGGUAUGUACAAAAGC